AUGGACUGCGUCGCUAUUGACAACACCUGGGGCCCUUCGGCCGGGCCAGCAUGUCGUGGCGGGCUGGACUUCACCCUCACCUUCCAGGAGUCCAUCCUGUCCCUCCUCCCUACCGUGCUGUUGAUCAUCGCCGCAGCACUUCAAGUCGCUUUCCUGUUUGGUCGGCCGCGACAAACCGCCAAUGGAAUUCUCUUUUGGCUGAAGCAGGGCCUGAUUAUCGCCCUGGGUCUCUUAAAACUCGCCGUUUUGAUGUUAUGGGCCCUCCCGGACACCGCAGCACCUAGGACGAAACUGACUCUGGCGGCGGCGGCGCUAAACUUCGUCGCCGUCUUCCCACUGUCCGCCGUUAGCUACUUUGAACAUGUAUUCCGCGUAGCGCCGAGCUUCAUCAUUGAGCUGUAUCUGCUACUGACGGCCCUGUUCGAUAUCGUCCGAGUCCGGACGCUCUGGUUGAUGCCCCCUUCGGCUCACACAUCCCUUGCCGCCGCUGAGUCGGUAGCGUUGGCCGUCAAAUUGGCACUUGUGCUAGCCGAAGCUGCCAGAAAAGACAAACUCGUUUUCCCCGAUGUCAAACAGAAGUAUACCUUCGAGCAGAUGGCUGGCUUCUAUGGUCGAUCCAUGUUCUUUUGGUUGGGUUCGACGCUUUGGAACGGUUUGUUACACCCGGUAUCUCGUCCCCUCGGAUCUUCCAUGCCCGGGAAGUUUCUCAUCCCCGUGUUUCCCCGCAUCAUCAUUGUCGCCCUCACGCUCACCCAACCGAUGCUGCUGGAGCGCAUGCUCACCUUCGUCCAAGGGUCCGGCUACCACGAGCGGGUCGACGUUGGCCACGCGCUGAUUGGCGCUUUUGCUGUUCUGUACAUGCUAAUGGCGCUCUUCAAUGCGUGGUACGCUCACGCGUGCAACAAGCUGUCGCUUGAGCUGCGCAGUCAGCUGAUUGACUCCUGCUACCGCCAGCUGUUGAAGAUGAGGCUGGCUGCUCUCGACUCGGGCAAGGCCGCUACGCUGAUCAAUGUGGAUAUGCAGCAUAUCAUGGAAGGGAGCAAAAUCUUGCACGAUAUUUGGGCCAGUAUGAUCACUGUUGCGGUGGCCGUUUACUUGCUGUACCUGAAGAUCCAGCUGGCCUUCCUUGCGCCGCUUCUUUGCACCCUUGUCAUGAUGGUUUUGGCCGGAAUUUGCAGCGCACCGCUGGGCCCACGACAAGUGGCUUGGCUCAAUGCAACGGAAGACCGAGUCAAAUCUACCAUGUUCAUGAUCACCGGCUUCAAAGAGGUCAAGAUGCUCGGUCUGGCGCCGGAUUACAUGCAGAAUCUUCAAAAGCUGCGCUUUAUUGAGGUCGAACUCGGACGACGAUUCCGCCGGAUUUUGUCCAUCAUCAUCACACUGUCCGCUGCGUCAACCGAACUGUCCAUCCUCGUUGCCUUCGGCGGAUUUGCUAUUAUCAGCAACAUCUACGGCACUCCUCUGACUUUCCAAACCCUCUUCUCGGCGCUAGCUCUCCUCCGUAUCUCCCUGGAUCCCCUCUUCCUCCUCAUUCAGGGCACACCCGCUCUCGUCUCCAUGUUCAAAUGCCUGGGGCGAGUUCAGGACCUCCUCAACGAGGAACGCGUGCUUGAAGUCGACAACGGUCCCUUCGCUAUCUCGGAGACGUCAUCCGCCAGCUCCUUCACACUCAAGCCCGAGGAGAGAGCCACGAUGGACCACUUCCAGUCCUACUUCCCGCAAGACAUGGGCCUCCAAGACAUCAGUCCCCGCUACAGCACCAUGGUUAAUCUGGUCGAGAUUUUGGAUGCCACGUUUUGCUGGAAGGGCAGAGAGGACGCGCCCGCGCUUUAUGUCAUGUCCUUGGCAGUUCAACCGCGCUCGUUUACGGCUGUUAUCGGACCAGUUGGGUCCGGCAAGUCGACACUAUUGAAGGCUAUCCUCGGUGAGAUUGAACAUAUUUCCGGAACGCGUCAGAUGCGUCGUGGCCUCAAGGUGGCAUUCUGUGACCAGGAGCCUUGGCUGCUGGACCAGAGCGUCAAGGAGAAUAUUGUGGGCGCUCUGCCAUUCGAGGAAGAGUGGUAUGCCAGGGUGGUUGAAGCAUGUGCGCUCGGCCAAGACAUCACUGGAUUUGCCGAGGGUGACAACACCGGCGUCGGAAGCGGCGGGUCUGCGUUGAGUGGAGGGCAAAAGAGUCGCGUGGCUCUCGCCCGCGCCGUCUACAGCAGGCCGGAUCUCCUUCUCAUGGACGACAUUUUCAGCGGUCUCGACCGGAAGUCAGCGACGCACAUCUUCUCGGCCGUCUUCUCGGAGAACGGCCUUCUCGCCAAACUGAACUGCGCGGCGGUACUGGUCACACACUCCACGCAAUUCCUCCCCCGUUUCGACACCAUCCUCGUCAUCAACAACGGCAUGAUUGCCCACCGGGGCACCUACGACGAACUGCUCGCCACCGGUGGUCUCGAUGACUCGCUCCUCUCCCGUGUGGCUGCGCCCAAGGCAUCGGCGAGCGCAGGCGAUGCCGUCGAGGUCACUAGCGACGGCAAGAUCAUCCUCAAGGACGCGCCGCUGGAUAAGGAAGAGAACCAGGCGAGCCGUGCCCCCUCGGAGUGGGGUGUUUACAGCUACUUUCUCAAGUCCUGUGGUGUGGCGGGAAUUACGCUGUUCUUCGUUCUUGCGGCUAUUCUAGCUGGCGAGCGAUCGUUUGAAACUGUUUGGCUCAAGAUGUGGGCGGAAGACAAGGAUGCUUCGCUCGCUUACUACAUGGGUGUUUUUACGGCCCUCAUCGUCGGCGGCGUUUCCCUUUUGGGUGGUAUUUGCGUGGCAUCCAUUACCUACGUCGUUUCGGUUGGCUCUCACACCAUCGCCAACAGAGCGUUUGACCGGACCGGAGAGUUCUCUUCUCGCAACACGGAGCUACUGAACUACUCCCAACGAGCACACUACAUGCUGGUCUCAGUCCAGGUGUGGCUGAAGAUGAUUCUGGACUUUGUGGUGAUGCUUUUGGCGAUCUUGGUCACCACGCUGGCUGUGACGUUCCGGUCUUCGCAGUCUUUGGGUUUCCUGGGUUUGGCAUUGGUGAACCUGAUUUCCCUGAGCACCAGCUUUAAGUACCUCAUCACGUUCUGGGCGAACCUCGAGACGUCAAUUGGUGCCGUGGCACGCAUCAGGCGCUUUAACAAGGAUGUCGAGCCCGAGGAGAAGUUCUCGCUACCUCCUCCCCAUCCUGGCUGGCCGGCCCAGGGAGGGAUUGAGCUACAGCACGUCUCCGCGUCGUACAGUCCCCAACUGCCACCGGCGGUUUGCGACAUCAAUCUGUACAUCGCUCCGGGUACCAAAGUGGCUAUCUGCGGCCGCAGUGGAAGCGGUAAAUCCUCCCUUUUGGCGACCCUCCUCCGCUGUCUCGACCUGAACUCCGGCAGCGUGAUCAUCGAUGGCCUAGACGUCAGCCGCAUCUCGCGCGACUCCCUGCGGAAGCGCAUCAUGACGCUCCCGCAAAAGUCGCUCUUCAUCCACGACUCGAUCCGCGCCAACAUGGUCAUGUGGGACGAAGCGAACCCGUCGCACACGCCCGAAGAAACCGACGAGCUGAUCGAGACCCUACUCCGCAAGGUCGGCAUCUGGGAUGCCCUCUUCACCCGCAAGCCCACCGCGUCCACUUCGCCCUCGGCCUCCUGUGACUCCCUCCUCAUCCGCGAGAUCGCCGUCACCGACCCCUCCAACCUGUCCAUCACCCAGAUCUCCGAGACCACCGAGGUCCACCCCGCCUCCGUCCAAAACGAGAAGCAGAAGAAGCAGAAGAAGGCCAAAAAGCCCAAGAAGCUCUCCCCCGAAGAAGAAGCGGCCGCCAAGAAGAAAGCCGACGCCGAUGCCCCCACCACGCUCUCCAGCCCGCUCAACCCGGAAGAGCGGCUCUCCAUCGGCCAGCAGCAGCUCUUCUGCCUGGCGCGGGGCCUGUUCCAACGGGGCGAGUCGCAUAUCGUGCUCAUGGACGAGUUCACGAGCAGCAUGGACCACGAGACGGAGAUGCUGGUGCGGGAGAUUGUGGCGCGCGACCUGAAGGGCAAGACGGUUAUUGAGGUGCUGCAUCGGCUGGAGCAUAUCCUGGAUUUUGAUCUGGUUGUCGUGCUGGAGCAGGGCAGGGUGGUGGAGGCGGGCCAUCCGGAGGAGCUGUUGCAGAAUGAGAGUGGGGUGUUGAAGGAUUUGUAUCAGAGUAUGAGGGGGUAG